AUGAUGGCCAAGAAAUGUUUCAAGUCAGGGUGUAUGAAUGAAGUCGAGUAUGCAUGCAAAUGCUCUCCUCCUGAGACUUUAUCUUGUGAAGUGCACGUUGUGGAGCAUGUAAACUUGCCUAAUACAGCUCACAAUCUUGAAUCAAUUUUUAUGCAUCCUUGUGAAGGGACAAAAGAAGCGAUUCUUGAAUUCCUUACAAUAGAAAAUUCAAAAUACAGUGAUUUGAGAAGAAAAAUUAUAGAUUCCUUUAGCCAGCAUCUUCCCCAUUUAGAGGAAGAUUUAGGAGAUUUCACAAGCAAGUUGGAUUGCUACUCAGAUGAAAUAAAUAAUUUCUUUGCAAAGAUUUCCCAAGCUUCAAAAUUAUUAAAGUCAGAACAAGAUCCAAUUUUAGGAUUAUUGAGUUUUCACCCUCUAGAAGCUAUUGAGAAAGUAAAAUUGAUGACCAUCACCAGCAGAGAUUGAUACAAAGGUGCGAAGCUGUUUUAUAUAUUCAAUCAAAAGUUAGAAAGCCUAAAUAGAUCUUUCUUUACAGAAAUAUGCGGGGCAUAUCUAGAAAUAAGAAAUAUGCGAAAUACUCCUGAAAUGCAUAAUAAAACUAGUGAGCCAACAAAUAUAGAGUUAGCAAACGUUAAAGAUUCGAUUUCUUUGAUAAUAAAUGAGAACAAAGGGUCUGAAAAAGUAAACAAGUCAAUAAAAAAAAGCUUAGAAAAUGAGGCGAGCUUGCUUAAUACUCAAAUAAGUACUGUUUCUAAUGAUCUCAACAGUAAACCCAUAGAAGCAGAAAACUCUUUAAACAUUAUAGAUACCUUAAGAAAUAAAACAGCUAAGAUUUUGAGUAGACCAAACAAUCCAGAGUUAGAGAUAGAUUUCAGAGCAACUUGUUCAGCAAUUCAGACCAAUUCUAGUUUUUAUGAUCCACCAUUAAUGCAAGCUUACCAAGAUUACGUUAAUGCUUAUCAGCAAAAGACAUCUCUUUAUAAUAUUGCAAAAGAUUGAAACAAAAGAGGCAAUUUAAUUAUAUAUAACACUGAAACUGAAACCCAAGAAGAAGCCAAAACCUUGCAGACUCCAGAACCACUAGACGCAACAACUUGUAUAACUAAUCUUCCAAAUGGCAAGCUAUUCUGUUAUGGUAAUAGUCAAAUUUCUGGGAUUACAGUGCUGAUUGAUGUGAAUGGUGAAUUCGAAGUGCUGCCAUCUGGAACCCCUUGCAUGGUCUCAUCAUGUAUCUAUUUCAAUAACAGCAUCUAUUGCUUUGGAGGGUACAAUCAAAACUAUUUAACUUUAUCUAAUAGAUUCGAUUUGAAUUGAAAUCGAUGGAUUCAAUUAGCUCUAAUGCCAAACGGUGAUUAUUAUUGCCAUAGUAUAAUAUUCAAUGGAAAUAUUUUGAUUUCUGGAUAUUAUAAUAGAAAUCUUUUGUUAUACUCAAUUGAUAUUGACUCUUUUUCGACAAUUCCUUAUGAUUUUGAAAUAUAUAAAAGUAAGAUCCUGAUAAAUGCAGAGAGACUAUAUUUGAUUGAAGGCAGCAAUGGAUCAAUCUAUGAAAGCGAUAUUGAAAGUUGCUUGAAUUGGAGACGAAUAGGACAUUCAACAAUCAAUCAUGAUCCUCAUCAAGUGUAUUGCUCAUAUAGCAAAGGAUUUAUAUGCAUCUCAACAACUUCUGAUUUAUCGAAAGGAACAUAUUAUUAUUUUAAUUUAGACCAAAAAAUAAUUAUUGAUGUCGCUUGCUAUGGUUGGAAUUACUCACUUAGAAGAGUAGGCAAAAAGAUUGAAGCAAUAAAAUACAAUGGAGAGAAUUCUAAGCUCUAUUCUUAUUAUAUGGAUUGAUGCAAUCUAGAAGACAUAGAUCUAUUUACUAUAGAAAAAAAUAUAAGACAAAUCGAUUUUGAUGACAAAAAAUUCAGACUAGAUCUAUCUUACAUUAAUAAAGGCCAUGUUUUUUAUGAUUUAAAAAGAUAUCAAGAAGCAAUUGAAUGCUAUAACGAAGCAAUUUUACUAGAUCCAAACAAUAUUAACUAUUACUCUCAUAAAGGCAACUCUCUUUGUAAGCUAAAAAGAUAUCUAGAAGCUAUCGAGUGCUAUGAUGAAGAAAUCAAACUCAAUCCAAACAAUGCUGAUUCGUACUGGAAGAAAGGAUAUGCUUUAAAUGAAUUAGGAAGAUAUCCAGAAGCACUAGAAAACUAUGACGAAGCAAUCAAAAUCAAUCCAUAUUAUUACAAGUUUUAUUAUGAUAAAGGCAAUACUUUUUAUGCGUUACAGAGAUAUCAAGAAGCAAUACAAUGAUAUGAUGAGGCGAUCAAAGAAAAUUCAUAUAAAGCUAAAAUUUAUAAUGAUAAAGGCAAUACUCUUUAUGCUUUAGAGAGAUAUCAAGAAGCAAUACAAUGCUAUGGUGAGGCUAUCAGACUUAAACCCAGCAAUCCUUUGUAUUUCUGCAGCCGAGCUAGAGCAUAUAAUAAUCUCGGACAAGAAGGAGCAGCUUUGCAGGACUUUAAUAGUGCUUAUGAUUUAGAGCAAGAAUAUCAAGGCCUUUUCACUGAGAAAGGAUGGAGACUUUCUGAAAAAGAUAUCAAUUUUAUUAACGAUGUAUUAGGCCGAGACCGUAUUGAACUACUCAAAAAGAAUUUAUAA